AUGGCGGAGCGAGAGGAGCGACGCUUCGCCGAAGUGUCCAGGGACUCGGUCAAACUGAUGGCCGAGAGCACCGGCGUGGAGCUGGCCGACGACGUGGCAGCUCUGCUGGCUGAGGAUGUCUGCUACCGGCUCAGGGAGGCCACACAGGGCAGCUCUCAUUUCAUGAGGCACGCGAAGAGAAGGAAGCUGACAGUGGAAGACUUCAACAGAGCUCUGCGCUGGAGCAAUGUGGAGGCCGUUUGUGGCUAUGGGUCCCAAGAUGUGCUCCCUUUCCGUGCUGUAAAAGAAGGGGAGCUUUUCUUCACUGAGGAGCGCGACAUCAACUUGGUGGAGUUGGCCCUGGCCACCAACAUUCCCAAGGGCUGUGCCGAGACCAUGGUCCGAGUGAACGUGUCGUACCUGGACGGGAAAGGGAACGUGGAACCUCAAGGAACAGUUCCCUCUGCGGUCCAGUCCCUUUCGGAAGACCUUUUGAAGUACUACCAGCAGAUGACGAGGGCCAUUCUUGGAGAAGAUGCACAGCUCAUGAAGGUGGCUCUGCUGGACCUGCAGUCAAACUCCAAAAUUGCGGCUUUGCUUCCAUACUUUGUUUAUGUCAUCAGUGGGGUGAAGUCGGUCAGCCACGAUCUAGAGCAGCUCAACAGGCUCCUGCACAUGGUGAAGAGUCUGGUCCAGAAUCCGUACUUGUACCUGGGCUCGUACGUGCGCAGCUUGGUCUCCAGUGUCAUGUACUGCAUCCUGGAGCCUCUGGCGGCCUCCAUCAACCCGCUCAACGACCACUGGACCCUGAGGGACUACGCCGCCCUGCUGCUCAGCCACAUCUUCUGGACUCACGGAGAUCUGGUGAGCGGGCUCUAUCACCAGAUCCUCCUGUCCCUUCAGAAGGUUCUGUCGGAUCCCGUGAGACCGCUGUGCUCCCACUACGGCGCUGUGGUGGGCCUACACGCUCUGGGAUGGAAGGCUGUUGAAAGAGUUCUGUUCCCACACCUUCCUGCCUACUGGGCCAACUUGCAGGCUGUGCUGGACGACUAUUCGGUGUCCAACGCCCAGGUCAAAGCGGAUGGACACAAGGUCUACGGCGCCAUCUUGGUGGCGGUGGAGCGCUUACUUAAGAUGAAGGCCCUGGCGGCGGACGGAGGCCCCGGCGCACAAUUGGGAUCUGCAGCUAGCGCUCUGAGGUACGGGGUCAGCUCCCCCGGUCUCAGCCCGCCGCCGGAACCUCUGUCCGAGGCCGCCUUGGGCAUCGCCAGCCACCUUCAGACGGGCGGCGCCGGGUGCCCGUGGGAGGACUGGACCCCCGUCCCGCUCCCCGCUAUGUAUUGUGAGCUGUACUCCUUCUUCGGAGACAGCCUGGCCGUGCGCUUCUGCACAGGGCCCGGAUUUGGCAGCGACCCGGCGCAGCCCAGCGAUGCCAGGAAAGACCCUCCCGGGCCCCCCUCCAAUCACGACACCGCCCGCAAGAUGCCCCAGCUCACGGCCAACCUGAACAUUAGCCCCAGGCGGGAUGGGAGUCCCCGGGCCGACCCACCUCCGCCCAGCCUGGCUGCUACUGGAAGGGCCGUGGCUCGCUCCUCGUCUUCAUCCGUUCAGCGUUCCCGUUCUUCGGCGUCACGGUCAGGCCAGCGGCAGGCGGGUCCAUCUCGUGACAUUUUCCCAAAAGCGCGCUUUACCUCUCCUCAAGCGGGACCUCCGGUAUUCUCCUUCCUCAUCGGCGGCAUAGAAAUGGGCCGCAGUUGCCGAGGUCGCCGGCCUUUCCAGACCGCCUUCGCCCCAACUCCAGCCCCAGCUGCUGUCCUGCCGCGCGCCUAUGCUCACAAACUGCCCGUCAUCGGUCGGGUGGGGAAACCCGUUCGACGUUGGGCUCGCUCCCACUAUUCUCUUCACCUUCCACUUUAG